UAGUGCAUCGAUCAGGACCCCGGAUCACUCGCUAGCGGUGUGUGUUGGCGCUUGGAGCACGGUGGACGACCCGUAAUAGGUGGAGAGCCGAUCUGAAAGACAGCGAUGGAGAGCAAUCUGACUUAUGGAGAGGGUACUGAUAUGUCCUACGAAGAUAAUGAUACAGCCUUUCCCUCUCCACUGAGACUGGGGAGCUUUGCCCUGGAGCAGAGGAGGUGGAACGGGGAGGACGAGGAGGAGGAGGAGGAGGAGUCUCCAAUGGAGAACAUCUUCAUCUCUCCUGACUCAGAAGCCUACCUCAACCUGAACACCAACGCCACAACCAGAGGAGAUGCCCAGGCCUACGUGGAGCUGAACGAGCUUCAGGGCAGCAGCUGGCAGGAGACGGCCCGCUGGCUUGGCUACGAGGAGAACGUCAGCCCGGCCACCGGCGUCUGGAGCUCCGCCCACGUCUCCUACCUGACCUUCAAGAGCCUGAUCCAGCUCCGCAAGACCAUGAGCACAGGCGCGGUGAUCCUGGACCUGGACGCCAGCUCUCUGUCUGCCGUAGCCGAGAGGGCGGUGGACGAGCUGCUGAACAAGGACGAGAUCCGGGCCAGCGACCGAGAGUCCCUGCUGAGGUCCCUGCUGAUGAGGCGGAGCCAAGUAGAAACUGCGCCCGUAGCAGAGGCACCCCCCUCAGGAGACAUCGAGAUGACCACCUUCUCCGUGCCCAAGAAGAGAGACACGUCCGACAACAUGGAGGCUUCCAUCGUCCUCUCCGGUGUGGUGGACGUGCUGCAGAAGCCGGUGGUGGCCUUCGUGCGGCUCUCCGACUCGGUGGUGAUGGACGCGGUCCUGGAGGCCCCGGUGCCCGUGCGCUUCGUCUUCAUCCUGGCGGGCCCCAGUGACAGCGGCCUGGACUACCACGAGAGCGGGCGCGCCAUGGGCGCCCUGAUGGCCGACUGGGUGUUCAGCCUGGAGGCGUACCUGGCCAGGACCGAUCAGGAGCUCACCAAUGCCAUCGCUGACUUCAUGGACUCCAGCAUCGUGAUCCCGCCCACCGAGAUACAGGACCAGGGGAUGCUGGAGCCGAUCAUCACCUUCCAGAAGAAGAUGCUGCAGGAGAGGCUCCGCCCAGCUGACACUAGGAUCGCCUUUGGAGACCGGGCUCUAGUUGAGAAGGCCCCCGAGCCCCCCCGGGAGGACCCUCUGGCCCGCACCGGCUACCCGUUCGGGGGCAUGGUCCGGGACCUGAAGCGGCGCUACCGCCAUUACAUCAGCGACUACACGGACGCCCUGAACCCCCAGGUCCUCGCCGCCGUCAUCUUCAUCUACUUCGCCGCCCUGUCCCCGGCCAUCACCUUCGGAGGACUGCUGUCCGACAAAACUGAAAAGUGGAUGGGGGUGUCAGAGCUGAUGGUGUCCACCUGCAUCCAGGGAAUCAUCUUCUGUCUCAUCGCCGCCCAGCCAGUGCUGGUUGUGGGGUUCUCCGGACCACUGCUGGUGUUUGAAGAGGCCUUCUUCGCGUUCUGCAAGAGCAUGGAAAUCGAAUACAUCGUGGGCCGCGUCUGGGUGGGCAUGUGGCUGGUGAUCAUCGUGUUCAUCAUUGUGGCCGUGGAGGGCAGCUUCCUGGUGCGCUACAUCUCCCGCUUCACCCAGGAGAUCUUCUCCAUCCUCAUCUCCCUCAUCUUCAUCUACGAGACCUUCAGCAAACUCAUCAAGAUCUUCAAAGCCCACCCUCUGAUCCUGAACUACGACACGCUGAACGCCAGCAUUGACAACCCCUUCCACCACGUGGACUUCGAACCCCCCGCUAACAGUACACAUACACAUACACCACCAAUCUACCCCAACACUGCUCUGCUGUCCAUGUGCCUUAUGUUCGGGUGCUUCUUCAUCGCCUACUUCCUGCGUAUUUUCAAGAACGGCCACUUCCUCCCAGGCCCGAUCCGUCGUUUGAUUGGAGACUUUGGUGUCCCCAUCGCUAUUUUCUUGAUGAUCGCAAUUGACAUCAACAUCGAUGAUGCUUACACCCAGAAACUGGUUGUGCCGAAAGGUGUGCAGGUGACCAACCCAGCGGCCAGAGGCUGGUUCAUCAACCCCAUGGGGAUCGACAAGAAAUUCCCCAUCUGGAUGAUGCCUGCCUGCUGUGUCCCGGCUUUGCUGGUCUUCAUCCUCAUCUUCCUUGAGUCCCAGAUCACUACCCUCAUCGUGAGCAAGCCGGAGCGUAAGAUGGUAAAGGGUUCUGGGUUCCACUUUGACCUGCUGAUCCUUGUCACCAUGGGGGGCAUCUCCUCCCUCUUCGGGGUCCCCUGGCUCAGCGCGGCCACGGUGCGCUCGGUCACCCACGCCAACGCCCUCACCGUCAUGUCCAAGGGCCCCAAGCCGGAGAUCGAGAAGGUGCUGGAGCAGAGGGUCAGUGGGAUCCUGGUGGCCAUGUUGGUUGGCGUGUCUAUUUACAUGGAGCCUAUUCUGAAGAUGAUUCCCAUGACGGCCCUGUUUGGUAUCUUCCUCUACAUGGGUAUUACCUCCCUCAGCGGCAUUCAGAUGUGGGACCGGAUCCUCCUGUUGAUGGUACCCAAGAAAUACCAUCCUGCAGAUGCCUACGCCACCAAAGUAAAAACCCUGCGGAUGCACAUGUUCACGCUGAUCCAGCUGGUAUGUCUGGGGGUCCUGUGGGCGGUCAAGAUGAGCCCCUUCUCCCUGGCGCUCCCCUUCGUCCUCAUCAUGACCAUCCCACUGCGCAUGUUAAUGACCGGCCGACUGUUCUCCACCCUGGAGAUGAAGUGUCUGGACGCUGACGAUGGCAAGGUGACGUUUGAAGAGGAGCCUGGACUGGAUGUGUACGACGAGUCACCACUACCGUAAUAGAGUACACCAUCGCCAGGAACAACACCGUACAAUUUGGACCAAAUUCUUUAUUCAAAUUGUCAUGUGCCUUGAAAACAAUAUACAGGUUAUUUUUUUUUGCAAAAGAGAAAUGGGGACACUGCUUUGAUUGUGGACUGCGCGCAAUUAAAUGUGUCACAGUAUCGUUAAGUUAAUUCAUGCCUUUUUUAAAAAAAGAGUAAAAGUUAUGAAUAACCAGCUAUUUUAUCAUUUAAAAAGUUUCAAAAAUCUAACUUUAAUAAUCAGUGAUAUUGUCAUAUCUUUAUUAUGUUUAGAUUGGGCUGCGCGAAUAGUGCUUGACAGAACAGAUCUGAUUUAUUGCCUCACAAUUGUCCCUGUAUAUAUUUUUUCUUAGUGUUGAGUUUAUAAGUAAUAGUUUUACAUAUCAAAUAGUUUGACUGAAUGACUUUUUUUUUCCCUUAUCCCGUCUGUUUGUGUUUAAAUAAGCUAUGCAUGUGAUUACUGUUUUACCAAUCAGUUGGCAUAUGGAUGACAUUUGUAUACAGUGAGAUUAAAUAUCUUACUUGACUGCUUGUGAGUUUGAAUUUCUUGGCUUUAUCAGAAUGACGUAUGUACUUGUUAUUGUAUUAUUGGUGGCUCGAACAGCAGAGGGAGGAACCACUAGAGAGCCUCUUUUGAUGCCGGGUGUGGAUCAAAUAAAAAUGUAGUUUAGGUAUGUGGUGCUAUAUGUGUAUGUGUCCCUGUGCACAAGUUUGAAUUCCACUUUAAUAAAAUGUUAUAAACCUGAUUGACUUGACUUUAUUACG